UAUUUAAUGGAGACUUUUGAAUUACCCCAUUAUGCAGAGAAAGAGUAUUUCUACACACUUCAGAGGAAGAACCAGGUAUUCCUGGAGAAUCAAUUGAAGAACUGGGCUCAACUAAUAAUGUCAUACUGAAAUGCUAUGAAUGCUGAAGAGAUAGAGGAAAAAGAGCUUUUAAAGAAUUGCUGCACUAACAAAUAACAUCAAUAGGAAAAUGUCUACAGAUGACUUCCAGCUACUGCUAUCUUACCUCAAAGACACAGGCAAGCUAGUCCGGCUUGAUGAAGACAGGCUGUUUAUAAUGACCAAAUCUUUACUCAAGAUUGGCAAUAAACUCUAUCAAUGGGCUGAAGAUAAAGGGGUCAUCGAUAUGGAUGAGAUUUCCCUCCUAGAAGAUCUCUAUGAGAUGGGCAAGGACGAUGGCCUGCCAUCGUCUUUCUACAAACUCCCAGAUGCUAUUAAGAAGGAGACCAUCCUCAGCCUUGCCAAGAGAGGCAAGGUCUUUCUCUAUGAGGGGGAUGAAGGAUAUAAAUUUGUUAGAUAA